CAGCUCUGCAAAUAGGUCAAGUGCAUGUCACAUGGUAUAAUUUUAUCUGGACACAAUUAUUUCGCCAUUUGGACGAUACAUUUGUGUUCUUACUCACAAUGAAUUUAUUAUAUUUCCUUUCGUUUCUGGGCUGUAUUACUCUCUGCUUGAGUGCCGGUUUGUACAAACCUCCUAAUAACAUAGAAUCUGAGAACGAAGUUUACACCGGAAAUAUUUGCUUCUUGCCAUUGGAAGUUGGGGUAUGCCGAGCUCUGUUCUUUAGGUACGGAUACGAUCCAGCGAUAAAGGCAUGCAAGGAAUUCAUGUACGGCGGUUGCCAAGGGAACGCUAACAAUUUCAAGACUUUAGAAGAAUGCCAGGAAGCCUGUGAAGCCUAAGUACCUGGACUUCGUUAAAACUAUGAUGUUAAGAUAUAACACUUCAAUAAAAAGUUAUAAAUA